UCCGCCUCAAAAUGUGUUCCCUCCUCGAGCCGAGCGCGAGCAUGGCUCCCGUUCUGCUCGUCGUCUUCCUCGCCACCGCCUUCCACCAGACGGACACGUUGCAGGUGUGCAUGACGUCGGGGGACGCCCGGGUGGGGCGGAGCGACGUGCGGGAGGUGCUGCGGGGGCAGAUCGACCCCUCGUUCUGGCCGACGCGCGGCCGCCGCGGGGGCUCCUCGGAGGAGUCGGAGCCCCCCUUCUGGGCCAACCGCGGGCGCGAGUUCCAGUCCGAGGAGGAGCAGCCCCCCUUCUGGGGCAACCGCGGCCGGACCCUCGACCAGGACCCCGACACCCACCACCACAGCCGCCCGCCCGUGGAGGCCCUCCUCGCUGUCGACAGGGAUCCCGAGGCUCUCAUACCACACAUCCAAAAAUGGUUUAAUGUGCGAAAGCGGCAGCAGAGACUUGCUUCAUGCUGUGACACGCCAUUCAGCGCUAACUACUCAAUGUAUGUUGAAGAGCCUCAACAUAUACUCUUGGAAAGACGAGGUGGAUCGGAGGAGAAGGAUGAUCAGUUCUGGGUCUCGCGCGGUCGUCGGGAAGCGACGGAGAAGCGGGAGUCGAACCUGGAGCGGCUCAACCGGGAGUUCUCGCCGCUGUACGAGGACGCGGAGGAGGGGCCGAGCGUCCAGAAGCGGAGCGAGCCCCCGCCGGCGCCCAAAGUCGAGGACCCCAACGCCGAGGACGCCAAGUUCUGGAAGUCCCUGGCGAGCACGAUAGGCGCCAAACGGGCGCGCCCGAGCAACGCCUCCGACGCCGAGCCCCAGCAGUAGUUCGCCCUCCCUCCAAGCCCGACGGCCAAAUCAUAGCGCGAGAGUUCCAGUUUUUAUCGAUGCUUUCGCAUUAAAGUUUUUAUACGCGGUUA